GCUGUGUAGCAGCAUUGUGCCUAUGCAGACGGAGUAAAGGGAGGCUCACCAUGGCCUGCGCUCAGCCCCUGGCCAAAGUCAAAGGCCAGCUCCGGAUCCGCAGCCUCCUGGCCCGACAGUGCCUGGCCGAGUUUCUGGGUGUAUUUGUGCUCAUGCUUCUCACUCAGGGGGCUGUGGCCCAGGCUGUCACCAGUGGAGAAACCAAAGGCAACUUCUUCACCAUGUUUCUGGCUGGCUCUCUGGCGGUAGUGAUUGCCAUCUACGUGGGUGGUAAUGUUUCAGGGGCCCAUCUGAACCCAGCCUUCUCCCUAGCCAUGUGUCUCCUGGGACGCCUUCCCUGGGCCAAGCUCCCCAUUUACUCCCUGGUGCAGUUGCUGUCUGCUUUCUGUGCCUCUGGAGCCACUUAUGUUCUCUACUACGAUGCCCUACAGAAUUAUACAAGUGGGAACCUGACAGUGACUGGCCCCAAGGAGACGGCCUCCAUCUUUGCCACCUACCCUGCCCCCUAUCUGUCCCUGAACAAUGGCUUCCUGGAUCAGGUUCUGGGCACUGGGAUCCUGAUUGUGGGGAUCUUGGCCAUCCUGGACACACGGAACAAGGGAGUGCCUGCGGGUCUGGAACCUGUGGCAGUGGGGCUGCUGAUCCUGGUCAUUGGGCUAUCCAUGGGUGCCAACUGUGGGUUCCCACUCAAUCCUGCUCGUGACCUGGGCCCAAGGCUUUUCACUUACGUGGCUGGCUGGGGCCCUGAGGUCUUCAGCGCUGGCAAUGGCUGGUGGUGGGUGCCUGUGGUGGCUCCGCUGGUGGGGGCCACCCUUGGAACAGCCACUUACCAGCUGCUGGUGGCUCUACACCACCCCGAGGACUCAGAGCCUGCUCGGGAUCUAGAGUUUGUCCAACACGAGGUCUCAGACUUGGAAACUCCUGCCUCAGCUCAAAAGCCAGAGUAUAAGCUUUGAUUCCGAUAUGGCAGCCCUCACCUCCCUCAGGGACACUGAGGAGGGCCAGAGAUCCAGGCCUGGUAACAAGACAUUCUCUCUCUGUUUUUCUUUCUGAAUAAUUCUUUUUUUUAUUAUUAUCGAAGUAUGUUGAUGUACCAUUUUAUAUUGGUUGCAAAUAUGCAACACAAUGGUUCAACAGUUACCCAUAUUAUUAAAUACUCACUCCCACUAGUGCUGUUACUGUCCGUCAACAUAGAAAGACGUUACAGAAUCAUUGACUAUAUUCUCCAUGCUGUUCUACUAUCUCUGUGACCAAAUUGUAUUACGACUGAGAAUUUUUGUGCCCUUUUAUCUCCCUCACCCUUC